AUGGUCCAGAAGCUCAAGAUCGCCGCUGCUGGCCUCGGUCGUAUGGGUGCUCGCCAUGCUAUCAAUUUCCUACACCGUACACCUCGUGCAGAGCUCGUAGCAGCAUUCACACCAGAUUCGAAAGAGCUCGCCUGGGCUAGAAUCAACUUGGAACCUCACGGAGUCAAGCUCUACACCAACUACGAUGAGAUGAUCAAGCAAGAAGGCCUGCAAGCUGUAGUCAUUGGUACCGCUACCUCAGUCCAUGCUGAGGAGGCUAUCAAGGCCAUGCAUCAAGGCUUGCACGUUCUCUGUGAGAAGCCUCUCUCCACAAACAUUCCAGUCGCACUCAAGCACCCUCACCUGAAAGUCAUGUGUGGCUUCUCCCGCCGUUUUGACGAGUCCUAUCGUGAUGCAUGGGACAAAAUGGACAGAGGCUUGAUCGGUCGACCGACAAUCAUUCGUAGUCAGACCUGCGACAAGCAUGACCCCAGCGACUUCUUUGUCGAAUAUGCAGCCUGGUCCGGAGGUGUAUUUGUCGACAUGUCAGUCCACGAUAUUGACCUCACUCUGUGGUUCUUCGGCGACGACAUUCAAGUGAAGAGUGUUUCCGCAUAUGGCAUGCGAGCAGUGCAGCCCGAGCUAGCCAAGUACGAUGACUACGAUAACGCCAUGGGCAUCGUCGAGUUCUGGAAUGGCAAAGUCGCAAACUUCUACUGUUCGAGGAUGAUGGCGCAUGGCCAAGAGGAUGUGACUGAGAUCAUCGGUACCGAAGGAAAGUUGACCGUCAACGGCAACCCUCAGAAGAACUUCGUCAACUACUAUGGCCCUCAGGGUGUGACUAGAGAAGUUCCAGCUCACUAUUACGGCCGUUUCGAACAGGCAUUUGUAGCAGAAGCCAACGAGUUUGCCGCUGCUUGUUUGGACAACACUGCACUUCCCUUGAAGCUACGCAACGCGGUCAAGGCAGUUGAGAUUGGCGCUUUGUUGCAGGAAGCUCUGGUAAAGGGCAUUCAAAUUCGUCUGAACGAGGCAGGACAGCGCGUUUCGGAGGUCUCAGCAUCCAAAUUGUAG